AUGGCAACGCCGCAUGGGGAGGGGCUGAGUGAGGCCGAGUGUACAUGGGCAAGAGUGGCUGCUAACCCCUUCGUUGACCAGCAGCUGACCUCGAAGGGCAGCAUCAUCGGCGGGACGAAUGCACGCGAAGGCGAAGUUCCGUGGCAGGUUUCUCUCCAGCGUAAGACUAUUCGAAUCAGUCACUUUUGCGGCGGGUCGAUAGUCAGCAGGAAGCACAUCGUCACAGCUGCACAUUGCUCUAUUUUUAACCGUUUUGAAGUCGUCGUUUUAGCCGGCUCGAUUCACACGUACGGAGGCACUAUGUAUGACGUACGCUCUAUCAAAAUUCACCCUGGCUAUGAUCGUUGGACCAGCUUUGUCCAAGACAACGACAUUGCUGUCUGGGAGGUGGAUUCACCCUUCAUUUGGAGCGAAACUAUUAAACCUGUGCAGAUUGGAAACAGCAGGGUACAGGACGGGUGGCUCAUGACUGUCUCAGGAUGGGGAAAGACUUAUGGACUGGCCACGAGGGACACCUACAGGGUGGUGGACGAGGGAACAUCAGAAUGGCUCUUUGAAAUAAUUGUGGUGCCCGAAGCAACCACUGGCGGAAGCCCAAAAGGAGAAUCCCAAAACAUGAUUAACGUCUUUGUUGUGGCCGGCUCGAUUUACAAGGACACCGGCAUUAGUUUUGGCGUGCGCUCUUUCAAAAUUCACCCUGACUAUGUUCAUUCGACCCAAGGAAAUGACAUUGCUGUUUGGGAGGUGGAUUCUCCCUUCAAGUGGAGCGAAAAUAUUCAACCUGUGCAGAUUGCAAACAGCAGGGUAGAGGACGGGUGGCUCAUGACUGUCUCAGGAUGGGGAAAGACUGAUGGCGAUUCAGGUGGUCCCCUGGUCAAGGAUGGCGUGCUGCACGGAGUUGUGUCGUGGGGACCUUCAGAUUGCAUGUCAAUUCCGGGCGUCUACACCGUAGUUGCAUCCUUCGCCAAUUGGAUCGACAGCGUGAUCACCAAGGACAGUAAAUAAUAUGUUUGUUUGAGAGGUAAAAUAAAUUAAAACGCUUUUUAAUCGAUUUCUUAAUUGUCAUGACAAUUUUAUCAAUUUAUUUGCAAAUUUAAGCUGCCAGUGUUAAGCAAAGAAACACGUUUAAUUGCUUUAUUGCUAAGAAAUCAAUUACCAUACAUAUACUAUUUUAGGGAAAAUAGUUUGUUUCUGACUGAUUUCAAUUUAUUCAUAAAUUUAACGGGGCACCAUGAAAAGCAGUAAAAGGGUUUACAAAAAUUAAUUUUAAUUUUUAAAAGAGCAACUGCAAUUUACUUUUUAGGUAUUUAAGCAACGCGCAGGACUCAUUAGACCAGCAAAAUGCCUAUUUCACAUUCUUGCAGGCGAAUUUACUUGUGGCAAUUUAAGUUAAAAGUAACUUUUAAGCGAUUUAUUAGCGAGCUGUGCACCUGCGCAGAAUAAGUCAUAUUUUUUCUCGAGAUAAGGGGCAGCUCAGCGAGUGAAAAAAUAAAAAGGCUUUGAGCACCCAACUAAAGUUGGCACGACUGUAUCUGUGACGUCACCAGCAGUGGCGGGAGAAGGAGGAACCAUUGGAUUUUGGAGCACUUUUGGUCAUGAAACAAAUUCAUAUCAUAUACUAUCUUUCUUUAAAUUAAAAAAAAUCAUCAUUCCCCGUUAAAGCACGGAAUCAAAUGAUUGGUCUCUGUUAUAUAUAGUAACCGCUUAAACAUUUUACACCUUAUUUCUUUCCAGAUUAUUUUCAUUUAGUUUUCCAGUGACUCUUAUAUAAGGUUAAAAUUUUAAUUUGGAAACGAAUUAUUAGAUGUUUUCUAAAUAACACAAACAAAUUUUCCUCAUAUUUCAAGCAGCCAAGAGAACGAUUGCAAGAUUAAUAUUAAAACCAUUUUACAGCGUAAAUGAUUAAAGUUCAACCUGCCCAUCAAGUAUCUAAAUCACUUUAGCUGCGGCGCUUGAAGCUCAAACAUGAAUUAUUUCCUUUGGUCGUUGCUGAUUUUCGCCGCAUUCU